GGCUCAAGUCUCAUCAAGCUCUCUUUAGAAAUGAGAUGCAACCAGAGGAGUCAAGGUUCUUGCAGCUUCAGUUCGCUAGAAGAGAGAGCGAAGCUCAAUUUUCCAAGGACAUAUUGGAAGAUCUACGAAUGCGGAUGAAAAAAAUCAAGACGGAAAAUGAUGAGAAAUAAUCUGCACUCCUGGCCAAAUUUGAGAGCUUGGAGCAUAGACUGCAGUCCGCGGGCAUACUCGAAUAUGGUAGUAGAGAUGAUGGGACGAGCGAGCCUAUGCAAUACGAUUCAUGUGUUGUCAACAUUAAAGAGUGGAUCAACAGCCCCGAAUAUAUGCGAGAGUUUGAGAACGCGAGAGGUAAGCGCCUUCCAGAUACUGGAGAGUGGCUGCUUGCGUUGCCAAGUUAUCAGUCCUGGAAGAUGUUCUCUUACGACUCGGUCAGUGAGAAUAAGCCUCUGCCUGCAGAUUUAUCUAGAUCGAUUCUUUUCUUGACAGCGAAACCCGGAUACGGCAAAACGACCUUAUCGUCAUUAAUAAUUGAAGACUUAAGAGCCACGUCACCUGGUGGAAAAGGAUUGAUUUUGUUCUAUCACUUCACAUCCGACGAUUCAAUGGCUGCGACUGGUUCGAAAGCGUUCAGAGCAAUAUUGGUUCAGCUCGUUCACGAAAACCGCAUCCGAAAAGAAAUAAUUGACACUUCCUGAUCGACACUAAAACCAGUGGCCAACUUAUAGCUUCCGAUAAUGAGAUACUCGAAGCCUUAUCUCUGCUACUGGUCACGUCAGCUUACGCCACACUCAUUUUUGAUGGCGUGGAUGAAUG